GGGGCUACAGGAAAAAUCUCAUGCUUCAUCUGUGCCAUCCCCCCMCAGAUUUGCUAGAGGUGGCUUGGGGAAGGUCUGCUCUGGCCCCUUCCUCUGUGCUGCUGCCUGACUGCCCUGCCUGCUGUAAAAGCAGCUCUGGCAGCAGCAGGCAGGCGAAGGGGGCGAGCAGCUGUAGAGAUGGCCAUGGGGCUUGGACACGUGUCCUGGCACCGGGUUGGUGCUAGGAGCCAGGGUCGGAACACCAGCGACUCUGCGCUGUAACUUUGCUGCCUUCUAUUUAAAGACUGGCCUGAGUCAGGAGAAGUGAGUGCUACUGGGGAUGACAGUUGCUUCAGGCAGCCCUGGGGAGGACAGGGUUGGGGGUAAACAUCACCGGCAAGUGCCUGAGCUGGGAAGGGAAUGGAGGGCUCCCGCAGCGCUGAGUGCGACAGGGCAUCUGAGACCUCGUCCUUCAUAGGAGAUGAAGAAGAAGAGGAAGAAGAGGAGGAGGAGGAAGAAGAGGAGGAGGAGGAGGAGGAGGAGGAGGAGGCCGUGGACCCAGAGGAAGCGGAGGAGCUGACUAACAGUUUAAAAGAUCUUAUCCAAAGUGAAGAUGUGAAACCCAAGCUGCAGUACAUCAUGACUAACCCUUCCUUUUCUAUGGUAACAUGCCAAAGUGAAGACAGUGGAAUAACCUGGGAAACCAGCUCCAGCAGAUGUUCCACUCCCUGGACCUCAGAAACUAGUACAACUUCCGAUCUUUACAGUAUGGAAAGUUCACCAGUAGGUUCUCCUCCAGGAAAAGUUAUCUUUAUUAUGGAUGAAGGCAAGAUUGUUCGGAAAAGGACACGCAAAUCUUCAAACAGGGCGCCGACGGCUACAAGACCAAAGGGAGGCCAGGGCACCAAAAAACGCGACUCCUCUGGAAUGCAGAGGCAAGAACCAAGAACUGUUCUAGGAGAUGUGCCAGCCUCCGUGUUGAAUGUUGAGCAGGUGGAAGAAGACAGACAAGACACAGAUGAGGAAAUGUUGGACAACAAAGAAGAUCUAGAGAAUACCACAGAGGAGCCCGUAAAACGUGCUCCAAUAAGAUCAAUAUUCAGGGAGAGCAGACUGAGAAAAGUUGGUCCUAUUCUUGGAGGACCGGUACAAGCUAGAAUCCAGCUGUUCAACUCAAUUUUUGGAGGGACUGGACCACCCCCUGAAACGCUGGAGAAAAACAGAAUCCGGAGAAGUAGCUCAGCUUCAGGAGAUUCUGAAAAGUUCCUUGAAACAUCAGUAAAAGAAAGAUUGCAGAAGUUUGGUUCACUCUCAGAAGCAACACGUCCAAUACAUUUUUUGGGAGCUAGAAGUAAAAUUCUUGAAACACCUUCAGAAAGAAGAAGAAAGCAAAGACAACUUGCAGAACAAGCCAAUCAAAAUUCUUCUUCAGCAACACCAACUUUUGAAAAACAGCUUACUAAGAAAAAUGAUGUUUCAUCUGAAAAUCUUGAACCUUAUAAAAUAAAAGAAUCAACUCUCCAACAUGCAGAAAGAAAAGACAGACAACCUGUUUUGGAGACUCCAAAUCAGGUUUCAGAAUAUUUGUCAAAGAAUGAAGAAGAAGCCAGGAAGCAGCAAAGUCAUUCACCUGUGGCCAAAACAUCAGUAACAGAGUCAACAACCUCGACGCCACUCAAGCCUGAUGAGAAACAGGUGCUGCUUCCCUCAGCUGAAAAUGCAAAGGAGAAGCCAGACCAAUCCCUGCUGACAGCAUCAGAUCAGCUGGAUGAAGGGAAGAAGCAAGAAGUUCAGACCAAUUCUGCACCACAAUCUGUUUCAGCAGAUGUUGUUAAUAAAUUAGAUAGACCAAGUUCCCAGCAUAUUUUGCCUACAGAAUCCAUGUCAGAACAUCCUGAGAGGGAAACAGAGAAGUCUUACUUACCUGAUAUUCCAUCAGAUAAAUCCAAAUAUUCCACUCUAAUUGAAACAAACCAGGAAGAUAUUAUUCCUCAGUCAUCAGAAACUGCACAAUCUGAGUCUGAACAUGUGCUUUUACCAUAUUCUGGACAUGAAACAGAGAAGCAAGAAACUGAGUGUCCAUCAUCAACAACUGCACUGUCAGAGUCUGAGACUUCAGGUCUAAUGUAUUCUGCUGAAAGAGAAGAGGGUAAAAAGACCCCACCCCCAGAAGUUCAAAAUGUUCAUUUAGAAAACCAAACAAAGUCUGAACAAGACUUUUUCCUUCAGGAAACAGGUGAACAAGGAAUUAAAUUCAAACCACCAAUUCCUGAAAAUAUAGAUUCCAAGUAUCUCGGCAUUUCAUAUCCUGUUCAUACAGAAAGAGAAGAAACUUCAGCUAUAAAUAAAGCAGCAGAUUUUGAUCACUCUGAUUUUUCCACUGAAGAAAACAAACAAGCAGAAGCUGCACAAAUGGAGACAGAACAUCCAGACUUCUCAUACUCCACCAAAGAAACUGGAGAAUCAGAGACAACACAGAUGGAGACAGAGCAUCUGAACCUCUCUUCUCCCGAGGAAGAAACUGAGGAAUUGAACGGUGCACAGAUGGAGAUGGAGCAUCCAGACUUCUCUUUUUCCAGGGAAGAAAUAGAGGAACCAGGAAGUGGACAGCUAGAGACAGAAAUUCCAGAUUUCUCAUAUUCCAAGGAAGAAGUAGAGAGAUCAGGGAGUGCAGUACCAGAUAAUGACUAUCCAGAAUUGCUUUUUUCCACAAAAGAAACUGAGAAAUCAGGGAGAUCACAGUUGGAGACAGAACAUCCAGAUGAUUUUUCCAAGGAAGAAACAAAAGAAAUAGAGAGUGCCCAGCUGGAGAUGGAGCAUCCAGACUUUUCUUUUUCCAGGGAAGAAAUGGAAGAAUCAGAAAGUGCACAGCUGGAGACAGAGUACUCAGAUCUAUCAUAUUCCAGAGAAGAAAUGGUGGAAUCGGAAAGUGCACAGCUGGAGAUGGGUCAUCCAGAUUCUUCUUUCACCAAGGAAGUAGCUGAGGAACUGCAAACUGCAGAGCUGGAAGUGGAAUAUCCAUCUUUGCUUUCUAGGGAAAAAACAGAAAACCAAGCAUUCAGUCCUUUUAAACUGGAACAGAGAGAGUCUUACUCCCCUGAAGUAGAAAAACAAGAAGAAAAAGCAGAGCUUGAACUGGUACAUUCAGAUUUAUCUUAUUUGAUGGAGGAAGCAGAAAAAGAAAACACUACAGAACUCCAGUCAGUACACCCAGAUUUGUUUGGUUCCUCCAGAAGAGCUGAGACACAGCAGAGUGGGUAUCUGCAAACAGCAUUUUCAGAUUUACCAUACCCCAUGAAUAAAAGGACGGGGCAAGAGCUGUCACAAAGUGAUAGAGGAGAACAGCCACAGCCUGUACAGCAGGAUUCACAAUCUGGAGCUAAGCUGGAUUCCUUUGAGAAGGCAAUGCAAGGAGAAACAACUCAGCUGCAGUCAGAGCAUCCAGUUUGGCCACAUUCUACUGGAAAAGAACAGGAACACAGAACUUCACAGCUGAAAGCGAAACAGCCAGAGACAACAUCUUCUGCUGGCAAAACAGAACAUAAAAAAUUGCAACCAAAGCUGGAACAAACAGAUUCACUGCAUUCCCAGGAAGAAACAAUACAAGAAGAUGUACAAAGAGACUUAGAAGGUCCAGAGCCAUCAUGUUUCUUUAGUGAAGCAGAGCAACAUGAAAAUGUACAAGCAGUUCCAGAAAAGAGGGAUUUCUCACUUACCCCUGGAGAAGUGAUGCAAAAAGGAGUGGAAUCAGGAACUUCGAGGUCACAGUUGACUGACAGAGCAAAGCCCUGGGAAAUGACAGAAAUGGAGCAGGAGCAGUCUUUGCCUUCUUGUUCCACUGCUGGUACUCAGCAACAGGAAACACCACCACAGAAUGUGCCCCAGACAGACCUUUCACAGUCCUUUGGCAGAAUGGAUCAAGAUACAGCACAAAGAGAGGUGAAACAGCAGGAAACAGCUCAACAAGAAUCUGUGCAAAUGGAAACAGAGUACUCAGUUAUUCCAGAAAGCCUGGGUAAAGAGGAGCCACAGGUCACAGACCAAAUUAAUCUGGCACAGCAAGAAAUAGCUCAGCCAAGGUUAGAGCAUCCAUCUUUGCCAUAUUCCUUCAGCAAACAAUUGCAAGCAGAAAUGCAAACAGAGCCAGCAUACCAAGAAAAAUCAUUUUAUGUAAGUACAGAAACAGAGGAGGAAAUGAUACAACACAAAUCACAGCAACAAGAAAUAGUACAUCCAGAGCUGGAGCAAACAUUUUUGCCUUCUUCCAGCGAAAAAGAAGCUCCACUGGAAAUGGAAAGAACUUCAGAACAUCCAGAUUUAUCAUAUUUCUCUCAUGAUGAAGGAAAAAUGUUGAAAACACCAAAUUUACCAUUCCAUUUGAAGCAACAAGAAAUGGAACCAGUAGUGAUGGAACAUSCAGAUUUUUCAUGUGACAGUGGUGAAUCAAAACAAGGUGACAUAAUGGAGCAGGAGUCUGGGCAUCCAGAGCUCUCAUACUCCAUGGAAGAAACACAGGAAAGAUCAGAAUAUUUGGAUUCACCAGGAGGCCUGGGUGAAGCAGGUCAAGAUGAAAGUUUGGAAGUAGAAUCUCAAUACUCAAAUUUAUCAUCUUCUGAUGAUAUCCAAGGGAACCUGCAAGAAAUUUCACAAAUUGAUUCAAAAUACUCAGAUAUGUCAUUUUCCUUUGGUAAAGGCGAAGAACAAACAACUCAGACAUUAGAAGCUAAAUAUCAAGAAUUGCCUAAAGUAGCUAGAAAAAGAGCUUCUCCAGCAACUGCACAAAUAGAGUCAAAACAUCCAGAAACUGUACCAUGGGAAGUGAAGCAUCCUGAUUUGUCACACUCCACUGGUGAGACAAACCAGGAAGAAGUAACACAGUUGAAUCAAAAACACAGAAAACUUUCUCUUGGCAGAGAAAAGCAGCAGAAAGCCACAAAGCAGCAGUUAGAGCAAGAAAAGUUAACACAUUCUCCAGAUGAAAGGGACACUUUAGAACAUACCCAGAAAGGCUUGGAACAACCAGAUUUAUCAUUUUCCAUUGACAGGCCAGCUGAUAAAAUGACAUCACCAGAGGCAGAGCACACUGAUGUGGUAUCUCCUCUGGACAACACAGAGGUACAACGAACAGUACAACAAGAAACAGAGCAAACUUAUCCCUUUGGACAAAUGGAACAGAAAGCAGUUCAGCCAGAAGUGGAGAUUUCACAUUUGUCAUCUUCUGUGGGUAAAGCAGAGGAAUCAGAAAUGGCAGAACCAGGGCAGGGACAUCCUGAUGUGCCUUACUCUGUUUUCAAAGUAGGAGGGCUGCAAACACCAGAGCUGGAACAUGAACACCCUGGUCUAGCAUCUUCCCUCAACAAAGUGCAGGAAACAAUCCAGCUGGAAUUGGAAGAGCCAUUGUCUGGUCAUGACAAAAAGGAGCAACCCAAACCUGCACAGCUAGAGCGAGGCCAUGGAAGCUUGGCACCCCUGGUCACAGAAGCAGGGCAAGGAGGAAUGGAGCACACAGCUGUGGAAUGCCCCAGCGAGGAGCAGCCUGUCAGCACAGCAGAGCAUCCACGAGCUGAAAAGGAGAGACAGAGAGCUCUGGAUGCAUCACCUCAUAGAGGAAAAAUGGAGCAGAGCGAAAGGCUGAAAACAGAGCCAAAGCAUCCUGAUUCAUUGCAUUCCACUGAUAAAGCAAAGCCACAAGGAACUGCUCAACCAGUGGCAGAAAAAACAGAUCUGUCAUCUUGGUUUGGCAAAAUGGAGCAAGGACAAACUGCUGAAGAGGAGAAGCCGGGCCUCCCGUAUUCUUUCAAAAAUGCUGCACAAGGCAAGAAAGCAUGGACAGAAUUGGGACAUUUAGAGUUAGGUCAUUCUCUCAGUGAGGCAGAGCAAGAAACUUUAAAUGCAAAAUCACACCAUCCAGAUUUAUCUGCUGGGAGAUUAGAACACCAUGAAAUCAUACAGCCAGAGGCAGAAAUAAUGGAUUUAUCAUGUUCAAUUGCUGAAACACAGCAAACUCAAAUUGCUAAAGAGGAUUUGGAGUGCCUGGAUUUAUAUCCUUCCACUGGCACAGUACAGCAAGAAGAGAUCCAAUCAGAGCGAGAACAGACAGAUGAGUUUUCAUCAUCUCUCAGCGAAGCAGAGCAGUGGAAAGGUGCAGAAAUGCAGGCAGAACACGCUGAGCUGCAGCGCUCUAUGGAGAAAACAGAAGGACUGCAAAAUUCCCAAGCAAAAUCAGAAUAUGCAGAUUUGUCCUUCUCUGCUGGCACAGCAGAACCUCAUAAAACAAUACAGCCAGAGUUGAAAGAACGGAGUUUGUUGCAUUCAUCUGUCAAAACAAAACCAUCAUGGGCUGCCCUACCAGAGUCUGAGCAUUCAAAUGUCAUGGGUGCCACAGGCAAGGAACUGCACACGGAUUUGUCCUCUUCUGUUAGUGAAGAAAAACAAAGUGCACAACUGGAGGUCAAACAGGAGAGGGGAAGCUAUACAUUACAGCCCGAGGAAAUAGUACAACUAAAAUUGGAACAACCAAAGUUUUCAAGUCCACAUGGCAUGGAAGAGCAACCAAAUACAUCCCCAGAGGAAGGGAAGUUCCCAGACAUCUUCUGUUCCUCUGGCAAAACAGAAAAACAGGACACUGCACAAGCAGGGUUCAUGCCUUCUGAUUUUUCAUAUUCCACAGGAAAAUCAGAGCAGUUGCAACCAGAAAAACUGAAAUCAAAACAUCCAGAUUUGUCAUACUCUCCUGGCAAAGCAGAACCUUGCAGAAUAAAGCCUACAGAUCUAUCAUACUCUUAUGGCAAGGCAGAACAACCACAGACUGCCCAGCUGGAGCAUCCAGAGAUACCAUAUUUCACUGGUGAAACAAAGCAGAGGGAAGGGAUCCAGCCUGAUCUGUCAUGUGCUAGUUUGCAGUCCUCUGAUGUUGAAAUAGAGCAGCUGGAAAUGCCUUCUGCAUCACAUACCUUUGUCAGCACAGAGGAGCAGGGAACUGCACAACCAGAUUUCAAACCAUCAGAUUUAUUAAGUCCUACUGACAGAGCAGAAAAGCGUGAAAUGGCCCCACUGAGAGCAGGACAUUUACAGAAGCGAGACACUGGGGCUCCUUCAUCUCUAAGUGCUCAGCUGGAAACUGAACAACAAAAUUUAUCAUCUUCCACUAAGGAAGCAGACAGCCACAAAAUUCAACCAUAUUCAUCUCUCACYGAACAAACAGUGUCUGUAUCUCCGGGUGCUUCACACACCAUCUCUGAAACAAGCCCUGAAGAAAGUCCAAAGCCUCCUCUAACUGGAGGCUCACCCCCCAAACAUUUAGAUAUAUCUUACUCCCACUGUAAAACCGAGCACACAGAAACUGGCCAGCCUGAGAGAGGGUCCUUUUUUGCAAGAAAAGAAGCAGAGAAUACAGAAAGUCUUCUACGUUUGCCUAUAGCUGCAAAGUCAGAGGCUGUAUGUGAAAUUUUACCUGAAGCAGAGAGAGAACAGACUGCACAUUACUUUCACACAUCUACACAAUUAGAAUCUGAAAAACCAGAUUUAUCAUAUUCUACAGAUAAAAUAGAAACUCUAGAAAGUCAGGAUUACUUGACUGUACCUUCAAAACUGCAGUCUGAACCUUCAGUUCCAUUUUAUUCAGCUGAUGAAACACAUCAGCAAGAAGUUCCACCUUAUUCAAAACCAGUCUCUGAAUAUUUGGUUCCCACACGGUCCCUUGCUGAACAAGAAAAGCAAAGUAUGCAGCCACUUAUUACCCAGUCCAUCCAAUCAGAGGGUAAACAUGUAAUUACACCACAAGAGGAAAAAGAAGCACAAAAAAUCCAGCUCAGUUCACCUGAAGCAGCAAGCUGGAAGACAGUGCAGUUGGACAGUAUGUCUCAAGUGCAAGACCCAAACAAACCAGAAUCUUGUUUGUUGGACACAAUGUAUUUUUCUCCAGAGCAGCUAAGAAGUUCCCCCAAAUUCACUGCUGAGCGAGAUGAGCAAGCAAUGCAGCCUGAUGUAAAGACAGUGCUGAGGUCAGUGACCACACAGUCAAAGAUGACUGGUGUAGCAGAGCAGCAACCAGUGUCAUCAGAAUCAUUUACACCUUUUCAUAAACUACCAGGAAAGUCAGAACUUGAAAAGUCAGUAUCAGUGGCUUUCACAGAUAAUAAAGAGAAACAAAAUAUUCCAUCAUCUUUAUUUGAUGUAGCAGGCACACUUGAAAAGCAAUCUGACCAAGUUUCAGGCAUUUAUAUUGAAGGGGAGCAUAGGCAUGAAAUUCAACUUUUUGAAGACCRAAAACAUACAACCUUGGAGGAUCUGGGAGCUGUUUCGUCAGACCUUGUUUGUGAAAAUGUGACAGACAAAAAUCAGCAUUAUUCUGGUGAAUGGGGCAGCCCUUCUUCAGCAGAGAUUAAGUCUGUCAGCUCUAGUUCUGAAGAAAAGCAGAACCCAGAUAUUCCAUCUUUUGGGCUGGCUAGCUGGCUGGUAGAAGAGGUGAAAACUCGCUCAAUUAGUCCAAUAAGGGCUGGAGAUACAGACGUGCAAGGAAUUCAGCUUUCUCCAAAUGAAGCUUCUGAUUUUGCUCCAAAACAACUCCCAUCUGGAAGCUGCACAGACCUUACAGUUCCUGGGGCUACAGAGACUAAGGGACAUACAUUUAGAGUUUCUGAAUCAGUGUCAAAUGAAUUUCCUCACAGGAAAUCCUCAGACACUAGUCCCAGAAUACAAAGGUACAAUUUACCAUCUCUGAUAGGAGAUAAUCAAGGUCCAGAUAAACUUCUGGAACAUGAAACUGGUACUUUAAACACUACAAAAAUUGAAGCAAUGCAACAUGUGGAGGCAGGCAAAAUGUCUGGAGUUCCUGAACAUUACCUGAGGAGAGAAGAGGAAGAAGUGAAACAUGCAAGUGCUGUAGAAGACUGUCUGCAUGCUACAGAGACUACUGAACAAAAAGAUCUAUUUAAUAUAAUUUCAGAAGGUUAUGAAAUACUCAAUAUUCAUGCUCCUACACAUAUUUCUUCUGUUGAUCAAGAAGAAAGUAAACACAUGCCUGAUAAAUUAGAAUACUUGGAAACAAAUCCUUCAUUUAGAAGAAAAUUAGCUGAUGAUGGCCAGAGAGAUCUAACUUCUGCAAGAACCACAGAAAUUUCAGAAAGCUCAGUAUUGGGAAAAACCGCAAGCCACGAAUUAAUAGAAUUGGUCAAAAAAGAUGAUGUUGAGGACACUGGAGAAACUCAGCAAGAAAACCUCCUGUUGCCAGAAAACAAUAAAUAUGCAAUGUUGGAUCCUAAUAAUGGUACUUCUGAUAUGGAUUAUUUCGAAAAAUAUACAUUGAUUGAUGACAAAUCCCUAAUUAAGCCACAAUUUGAAAGACGAAUUUCAUUGUCUCCUGUGACAGAAGAUCCCAAUGAAUGCAUGGAAGAAGCCAAAUCUUCUAAAGAAAGUAGUGAGGAAGAUACUUUGGAAGAGUUUUCCUUACUUGAAGACGUGGAUGAAGUCUUUUAUGGUACCAUAAAAGGAGAAAGCCAAAUGCAGUCAUAUGCAGAUGCUACAAAACCUUUAGCACUGCAGAAAUCAAUCGAAUCUACCGGUAAAAGCAUUACAAAUGUAGAAGAUGAGCAGAAGUCACCAGGGACCCCUCUCUUUGAUUCAGAAGAAGGAGUGUUAGAACGAUCUCUUUUGUUCCCUACCACUGUUGCUGCAAUUAACCCAGAGCUUCUAGAGGAGCCACCUGCUCUGUCAUUUUUGUACAAGGACCUCUAUGCAGAAGCAGUAGGAGAAAAGACAAAGGAUGAGACUCCCUCUGAUGAAGAAAGUGGUAAUUCUAAUGCUUCUUUCCCUAGCAGAAAUUCAGACACAGAUGAUGGAACUGGAAUAUAUUUUGAAAAAUAUAUUCUUAAAGAUGAAAUUCCAAGUAAGGCCAUAGGGCCUCAAAAAGAUCAGAUACCAGAAGAUGAGUCCUUUAGCGGAGGAAUUUUGGACUGGAAUUCAGAGAACAAACAGAAGGAGGGAUCUGGUGAUAAUCAGUAUGUCAAAACUGCGGUUCUGUCAGAAAGAGGUGUUACGGAGAGAGACAAAAUCCAGAUUGACAGCAACAUUCAAGCAACAAUUUGCAAACCAAUGCAGGCCAUUCCUUUUGGAAGCAGAAUAACUCCAUCAGGUGCACAAACUGACACCACUGAACAAAGAGAAGAGGAAACUGUACCAGCAGAAACAACUGACGAGUUGCCAGAGCAGUCAAGUCAACAAGCAUACAGCCAACGAGUGGAUUACCAGGGAGCUGCAUAUCAAGAAGCUGGUGACAAGCAGGAAGAACAGCAGGAUGUAACAGGACUUCCUCCAAUGGAAAAGUACGUUCCGUAUGUCAGGGCUCUCGCUGAAGGCAGUGUAGAUGAUCAGUACAGUCAGGAACAUCUCUCCUGUUUGCAAACACACUUGCAAAGAGAAGAGCAGCACCCUGAUGUUUAUGAAGAUCUUGCUGAGUCAAUGGACUAUGAUGUGAUUACACAAGAAGAGCUUUUGCAAGAUGAAAUCUCAUCUCAAUUCACACACGAGGAGCUAUUGUUUGAGGACAGGGACUCCUUUGAUCAUGCUGCUGAUAGUUAUGAAUUUGUUACUGAGCCAGAACAAGGAACACCUGUUGAGGUUGAAGAYUCAGGCUUUGUGGUGAUGUACCCUGAAAAAUCAGCAAAAAACAUUCCUCAGGUUGAGAGCCCACAAAGAGAACUGAAGAAAGCACAAGUAGACACUUAUUGCUACCACUGCAAAUGCCCAAUAUCUGCUAUUGACAAGCUUUUUGGAGAGCAUAAAGACCAUGAAGUCACAACAUUAGAUGAUGCUGCAAACAAGAUGAAGGAUCAGUUAAGAGAAUUGCUAAUAGCAUUGGAAGAAAAGUCGAUGAAGAUUGAAGAGUUUGUGAGUGAUAUUGAAUUGCGAUUUAACUCAGUCGAGGAAAACUGUAAGAAAAAUGCAGACUUACUGGAAAAGCAGAAUGAAGAAAUGCUUAAGAAAGUGGUAGCACAAUAUGAUGAGAAAUCAGAGAACUUUGAGGAAGUGAAGAAGAUGAAAAUGGAGUACCUGUAUGAGCAGAUGGUAAAUUUCCAGCAAACUGUUGACUCAGCAAAGGAAACUUUGGAGACCACAGUAAAAGAAACAGAUGAAGUGGAUGGAUUUGUUUUCCUAAAUUCAUCUAAAGAACUGAACAAAAGGUUACUUUCUGCGAUGGAUACCACCCUCUCUUUAGAGAAGGUGCCCAGUGCUUUUUCACUGUUUGAGCACUAUGCAGACAGUCCAGGACAAAGCAACCAACACUCCCUACAACACGUGCCUGUCCCACAGACCCCGACUGUCAUACCUCAGGAGCCAAACUCGGCCACCAGCACCUCCAUUGCCGUCUACUGGGCUGUGAGUGACGGGGACACCAUCGACUGCUUCCAGGUCUACUGCAUGGAGGAGCCACAAGCCAGCAAAGAUGCAGGGGCCUUAGUGGAAGAGUACAGAGUGACAGUGAAAGAGAGCCAYUGCAUUCUGGAGGACCUGGAGCCAGAUCGCUGCUACAGUGUGUGGGUCAUGGCUGUGAAUGGCACAGGCUGCAGCUUACCCAGUGAAAAAGCCAUUUUUAAAACAGCGCCCGCCGUGCCCACCAUCAAGGCCGAGGACUGCACCGUGUGCUGGGGCACGGCCAUCGUCCGCUGGCGAGCCGGGUCCGUGUCCGCCGAGUCCUUCAUCGUGGAAUACUGCCGGCAGCACUCGCCGGAGGGCGAAGGUCUCAGAUCUUUUGCUGGUAUUAAGAAACCUGAACUGAAAGUAUCCCUGGAGCCCAAUGUGAACUAUUUCUUCUACCUGAGGGCUGUCAACCCAUUUGGGACAAGUGAACAAAGUGAAGCAGCUCUUAUCUCUACUAAAGGAACUCGAUUUCGCCUGCUGAGUGACACAGCCCAUCCUGCUUUACAAAUCUCCUCUAAUUCAACAGUGAUCCACCUUCCUGAGAAAACCAAACUCACUGGGUUUCCUUCAGUCCUGGGUGARCUACUGCCUGCUCAAGGAUGUCAUUACUGGGAAAUUGUUGUCUCUGCCUGCAGAAGCUACAGGAUUGGGAUUUGCUAUGAGGAAAUAACACRGAGCAGUGUCCUGGGGCUGAGUGAAACCUCCUGGUGCAUGCGAUGCUGUCCUACACAAACCAGCUUUCUUUACAGAUUUCUUCACACCGGUGUGAUGAGUGAUGUCCAUGUGACAGAACACCUGGCCAGGAUUGGCAUCCUGUUGGAUUACAGUAGUGGCAGGCUGUCGUUCUUCAAUGCAGAGAGAGGACUGGUGCUGUUUGCCAUCAGGCACAAAUUCACCGAUGCUGCUCACCCAGCCUUUGCCCUGGAAAAGGCAGGAAUGCUUACCCUGUGCACGGGAAUGGAGCUGCCCGAGUUCGUGAAGCACAACUAAUCUCCUGCUUCACCCUUUCCAGAAAACUGACAAAUACAGCAUCAGGGGAUAGAGAGAGGAAGAGGCAUGCCAGGAAGGGAUAGCUAGUCUUCACUGAUGAAUGCUAUGUGCACAGCUCUCCUUCACAUCAUCAGUAAUUGUAGUUACUGCUCARACACAUAAUCACCCUGAGCCUGGAAGAAAAUCGACUUCUUCAGAUGGAGCAUGCACCUAGUAACACACACAGCAGUACUUCUAAGGGGAUAAAGAAGUUUUGUUAGAUAUGAUAGUGCUAGCUGUCUUUUUAAAGUUAAUUAUG